AUGAACAGUCCUAUCGGCCAAAAUUGGUCAAAUUGUGGUCUAGAAUAUAUGUCCAUAAGAGAGGGGCCCGGUAGUCGAAGAGUUAAUCUUUCCAGGUCGAGCCAUACCACAGGAAUUACCACUGAAAUCCGUGUCACCAGAUAUAAUAAUUUUAAGCUACGGCCGUAUACAAGCCGUCGCCCGCGCCGAGUAUUGUCAAGCAACCCUAGCAGUAUUUCCUGUUCCGAGAGGGAUAUACGGUCUUACGCUAAGCGUUGCCUUAUUGGAUUACAAUGUGGAGGAGACUACGAAGAAAUUGUGAAACCACUGGACUUGGCGGCAAAGCUUAUUUCGGUUGCGCAAGAGUGCAUGCGUGGUGCUCGUGCGAAAAAAGAAUUGUGUCGCGGCUGGGCAAAGCGGCCUAAAAAAGGUUUUAUGUACGGCCCAAAAUACAUGAAUCUUUAUAAAGGCGAGGUUGAAGAAAUGUUUCAGCAGGGCGAGAAUGAUGCUGGUAAUAAGCUCGGCCCUGCGCGCAUGCUAGAGCAAAAGCAACCGUCGAUCGUCAAGAAAAGUAAGGGCAACAAAUCCAGAAAAGUUACCGCAAAGCCGUCUCCUCGGCCAAAACCAGCUCUUCGCGCGAGGGCGACAGUAAAGCUGAGCCCCAAACAGGGCAUCCAAUCACUAUCUGCGCAAGCCGAGAAAAAUACUAGUGACCACCCCCUCAAAGUUGUUGCGAGAACUUAUGAAGGCAGCGAGCCUGUCCGGGAAUGCAUGACUACUGUCACCUUGGUCGAGGCUAUUGGACCAGAUACAUACAUGCCUUCAAAAUCCAUGAAGUCACUGACGGCCCGACGGAUUCAAGACACUCAAUAUGGUGAAUCAGGCGACUGGGACCCCGGUGCUGAAUGCAGACAUUUCUUGUUUACAAAUAUCUUUAGUAGGUCAAGAUUGAGAUAG